CCAAUCUGUAAUAAAGCCUGAUGUUCCUGCUGUGAAUGGCUUUGUCAGUAGACUCAGCUUUGUACCGUUGGCAGCGACUCGGAGCCAAAAGUGCCCCCCAGACUGUGUCAGAAUCAACACCUCUGCUGUUUUCUGUCAGAGACAGACUGAAACUCAACUUAAACAAGUGGAGGAUUGUGUUCUCCAACAAUGGAAGACAGCAGAGAGGCUGGGACCAAGCUUCUAGGUUUUAUUCUGGAAACAAGAUACAGACUACAAAAUACACAUGGCUUACUUUUUUGCCCAAAAAUCUUUUUAAGCAGUUUCACAGGCUAGCUAAUCUUUAUUUCCUCUUCCUGGUGGUUCUAAACUGGUUCCCGCAAAUGGAAGUCUUCCACAGGGAGAUUACUAUGAUUCCUCUGAUCGUGGUGCUGCUUGCCAGUAUGAUUAAGGAUGCUAUUGAAGACUAUAAAAAAUACCAAUUUGAUAAGAAGAUAAACUCCUCUAAAAGCAGGGUAUAUGACAAGAAAGACCAUGCCUAUGUUGAGAAGUGCUGGAAAGAUGUCCGAGUGGGAGAUUUUGUGCAGCUGCAGUGUAACGAGACCAUCCCAGCUGAUAUCCUCUUGCUGUACUCCUCUGAUCAGAACGGGAUCUGCCACUUGGAAACCGCCAACCUUGAUGGAGAGACCAACCUUAAGCAGCGACGAGUCGUCAUGGGGUUCUCCAGCCAGAAUACUUCAUUUGAACCAGAAUUUUUCCAAAAUACCAUCAUCUGUGAAAUGCCUAAUAAUGAUCUCAAUAAAUUCAAAGGGUACAUGGAGCAGCCAAAUCAUGAACGGAUUGGUUUUAACAUUGAAAACCUUCUGCUUCGUGGAUGUACAAUCAGAAACACUGAAGUUGCAAUAGGAAUUGUUAUAUAUGCAGGUCAUGAAACCAAGGCCAUGCUGAAUAACAAUGGUCCUCGCUACAAGCGCAGCAAGAUAGAGCGACGGAUGAAUGUGGAUAUUUUCUUGUGUGUGGGACUCCUGUUCACAAUGUGUCUUGUUGGAUCUAUAGGGCAUGGCAUUUGGUCUGGAAGUUUCCCAGAACACCCACCUUAUGAUGUCCCAGAUGAGAAUGGCAAUUUUCUAUCUCCGGUUCUUUCUGGCUUCUACAUGUUCUUGACUAUGAUAAUCUUGUUGCAGGUUUUGAUCCCCAUUUCUCUUUAUGUGUCCAUUGAGUUAGUCAAGUUGGGCCAAGUCUUCUUAAUUCACAAUGAUAUUGACCUGUAUGAUGAAGAAGCAGAUUUGCCCAUACAGUGCCGAGCCCUAAAUAUUACUGAAGAUCUUGGGCAAAUCCAGUAUAUUUUCUCAGAUAAAACUGGGACACUAACAGAAAACAAAAUGGUAUUCCGACGCUGUACUGUAGAUGGACAUGAGUUUUCACAUCAGGAAAAUGCCAAGCGCCUGGAAACGCACAAAGAGUUGGACUUAGAAGAUGAGGACUUUGCAAAACUUCAGCAAUUCACACUUCCUCAAAUGAAUAUUGAAAGACCAGCCACUUAUCAGAGGACCAUGAGACCUUUAAGAAGGUCCCAGAGUGCCAGGGCUCACUUUCAGGGGCAUACAAGGAGCAGAUCACUUGGUCGUCGUGAUAGCAACCAAUCUCAAGUGGCAUUCAGCAGUACCAUUGAGAAGGAUGUGACUCCAGAUAGCAGGCUGCUGAGGAGAGUGAGGGAAGCUGCACUGCGGACUGAAAACCUCUCUCCUUUUAUACAUAUGAAAACUGCCACCUCUUUCACUGACUUUUUUCUUGCCCUUGCCAUCUGCAAUACAGUCGUGGUCUCCACAACUACUGAGCCAAGACAAAGGGUUACAGUUCCACCACCAAUAAAACCCUCAGGAAUUACCCUGGAGAAGAUUCAUCAGAUAUUUCAGCGGCUGAAACUAGUAAGCCUUAGCCAGUCUUUUUCAUCUUCUCAGUCUAGUUCAGACCUAGGAGCUAGCUUCAGUGCAAAGAACACAGAGGAGCAUCUUGCCACGCUGGAUUGCUGUGACAACGAUGACAGCUGCUGUGACAGCAGUAGGGGCGCUGGGCUCCAGGACAAGAGCAGCACAGAUUUUGGCAGUGCUUCCUUGGAUGAGGUUUUUCAGUCCGUUACUCAUGGUACUUUGCCAACAGACUUUUGCUAUGAGGCUGAGAGCCCAGAUGAGGCAGCACUUGUCUAUGCUGCCCAAGCAUACAGUUUUACUUUAGUGUCCCGGACUCCCGAACAGGUGACAGUACGGUUGCCACAGGGCACACUUCUAACUUUUGAUAUUCUCUACACUUUGGGAUUUGACUCAGUAAGGAAAAGGAUGUCUGUAGUGGUGAGACACCCUCUGACCAAGGAGAUCAUUGUCUACACAAAAGGAGCUGACUCUGUUAUAAUGGACUUGUUGGAAGACCCUGGCAAAGCCGAUACUAAUGCAGAGAGGAGAAUGAAAAGAAUAAAAGACAAAACACAGAAACAUUUGGACUACUAUGCACGUGAUGGCCUCCGAACUCUUUGCAUAGCUAAGAAGGUCUUGAGUGAGGAUGACUUUCAGAAAUGGGCCAAUUUUCGUCAAGAGGCAGAAGCUGCAAUUGACAACAGAGAUGAGCUGUUAAUGGAGACAGCACAGCAUCUGGAGACCAAACUCACCUUGCUGGGAGCAACAGGGAUUGAAGAUCGGCUACAAGAUGGAGUGCCUGACACAAUCGCAGCUCUUCGAGAAGCUGGGAUACAGAUCUGGGUGCUGACAGGAGACAAACAGGAAACAGCGGUUAACAUUGCAUAUUCCUGUAAACUCCUGGACCAAAGGGACACUGUCUUCACCAUUAACACAGAAAAUAAGGAAACUUGUGAAUCGCUCUUGAAUUUAACCUUGGAAGAAGUGAGGAAGAACUAUGAGGUUGAACCACGGAGGAAACUUUUUGGCUUUAUCCCAACAUCUUUACCAGCAUCUGAGAUUCCCGGUCCUGAAUUUGGGCUGGUGAUCGAUGGAAGGACGCUGGACAUCAUCCUGCAGGGAGGUCUGGAGGAGCGGUUCCUGGAGCUGGCGCGGCUCUGCCGCUCGGUGCUGUGCUGCCGUUCCACCCCGCUGCAGAAGAGCAUUGUGGUCAAGCUGGUGCGGAGGCAGCUCAAAGUGAUGACCCUGUCCAUAGGUGAUGGUGCAAAUGAUGUAAGUAUGAUUCAAGCAGCUGAUGUUGGAAUUGGAAUAUCUGGACAAGAAGGCAUGCAGGCUGUGAUGGCUAGUGACUUUGCAAUAUCCCGAUUCAAGCAUCUCAAAAAACUGCUUCUCGUCCAUGGACAUUGGUGUUAUGCUCGCCUGGCAAAGAUGGUGAUUUACUUUUUCUACAAAAAUGUGUGCUACGUCAACCUGCUCUUCUGGUACCAGUUCUUCUGCGGGUUCUCAGGCAACACAAUGAUAGAUUAUUGGCAGAUGAUUUUUUUCAAUCUUUUCUUCACCUCGUUGCCCCCUCUGGUCUUUGGAGUUCUGGAUAGAGAUGUUUCUGCAGAAACACUACUGAGCUUGCCUGAGUUAUACAAGAAUGGGCAGAAUUCAGAGAUAUACAAGCUGUCAACUUUUAUUAUUACAAUGCUGGAUGCCUUCUAUCAAAGCCUCGUUUGCUUCUUUGUUCCCUAUUUGGCGUACAAGGAUUCAGACAUCGAUGUAUUUUCCUUCGGAAACCCCAUCAAUACUGUUUCCCUCCUGACCAUCAUCUUGCACCAGGCUCUAGAAAUGAAAACAUGGACACUGUUCCACUGGAUCACGAUAAUUGGGAGCGUGGUAAUUUACCUCACCUUCUCUCUGAUCUAUAAUGCUGUGUGUGUGGCCUGCAACCCUCCCACCGACCCCUACUGGAUAAUGGAGAAACAGCUUUCAGAACCCGCUUUCUAUUUAGUAUGUCUUAUCACCCCAGCCAUCGCACUCUUGCCAAGGUACUUUAUCUUUGCUCUUCGAGGAACCUUUGGAGCAUCACUGCUUCUGAAAGCUCAACAGUUAGAUAAACUUCCUAAAGGGCAACGGGAUUGUGAGAUCCAGAAACUGAGGUCAAGAAAACAAGCUACUUCUGAUGCACCUGUAGCGUCAGCAGCACCUAAUGAGGACCUUGACCAACGCAACAGCCACUUUUGUUUUUCACCAUUUUUACAUCCAGCAGCAGCAUCUGUACCUCAGGCGGACACAGGAAGUCAGGGACUUUUGGCUUCUGAGGUGAAUCCUCUCAGGAAAUGGGCACUUGAGGAAGGAUACUAUUUCUUUAACAGGUGGGCAGAGGAGGAAUCUACUGCUACAGACUCUUCCUCAGGACCUCUCUCUGGCUGUUACCCCCUAGUAUCCAGUGGGAUAGCAUCUCCUGGACAGGACAGUGGCAAUCUAACUAAAGGAAAAGCUAAGAAUUUUAAUUGUGGAAGCCAUCGGCGAUCUGUGAGUGCAGUGACACUUUGAAGAUGCAUUCAGAAAUGAGAUUCCCUUUCUGGACAUGGUAUCUCUGCUCUGCAGCACAUUUGGAGAAAGAUAACGUUGGGAAAAUAAAAAUUACAUUUAUACAUAAUCAUAAUACUAAAGGAGAGAGAGGGGUAGAUUUACAAACUCACUGGAGUAGUGCAAUAGGAUUUCUAAUAUUCAGCUUCUCAUUAGUGCAUAUAUCAGAGAAGAUGACUUCUUGAUCUUCCUGGUAUUGUGUCAUUUGAGAAAAAUUACAUAAUCAUUAAGCAAUUGCUGAGAAAGCUACAAUUAUUUUCUUUCUUCCAGGAAUAUCUUUCUUUCACAAUACCAGUGAAUAACUGCAUUAGUGAUGUGCCCAUAUUGGAGUAAUGGAAAGGAAAUCCAUUCAACAAUAAGCAAGUCUUAGAGUAGCACACCCUACUCUAAAUUUUCUAGAAAAGUCUUAGACAUUACUAGCUUAAAAAUUAUAAUUUUAGCAGGGAAAAAAAAAAAGUCUCCUGGUGCUGCAGAAUCACAGCAUCUGAAAGAGACUAGAGAAUGUUCAAUUUUUUUUAAUAUGUAGACUUCAUACACCUUACAAUAUCAGAUCUACUGUGCUUCCCCUGCACAGUAAACUCUGUGUUUUAUGCAGGCACUGGUUUUACCUGAGACUUUUAAGAAAAGGAGAAAGCAGUUUAUGAAAUGGAAGAAUGCAAAUACAGAACUGCAAGAAAUGACAGCAUAACUCAACGAUAAAUGGAGUCUACUUCUUCAUAUCUGCAGAAGUAGACAGACAUAACAAGUCUAAUUCAAAGAUUUAUGUUCCUGAAUGUUAAAAUUCUCCCUGCUUUUUCACCUGGAAAUCAUUUCGUUUCUUUAAUUCCCUGUCUUAUCUUAUAUUGCUGCUGCAUUCAAUCAAGUAUAAAUUAUGUUUUUCCCCUCAAUUACUUACAUUCAGUAGUUGAUGGAGAUACUAAUGACAAAGAUUUUGACACGUAAUAUAUGAAGGUUCACUAACCACAUUGCAACACAGGGUAUAAAAUGACCAAGAUAUGCAUAAUAUGUUCGUCCUUUUUGUUAUCUCUGGGCAACAAGAUGCAAGGAAUUAAAAAACACAAAAUGUCACCUUCAUCACUACCUAUUGCAAUGCAAUUAAAGGUGACUUUGGUAUUUCUUAUAGAAAUGUUGACUGGUAGGACCAUUUCCCAAUUUUUCUUCACAAUGUGGGGUGAAAUCUUAAUCAUGUUUUAAACUCCAAGCCGUCUGUACUUCUGUGAAUCUAUCACUGUUUCUGAUUUAAGUAUGUUUUUAGCUUUUUAUAUAUAUGUUAUUUUAGCUAUUUGCCACCUAUCAUAAUGCGUGAAGUCUGUUUAAUAUCCUCUAUAGCAAACAGUAAUUCAUCCUCUGUGUGUUAUGGUACUGUAACUAGAGUCUUCAAGAUGUCACUUUAAUGCAACUCAGGCAAGAUUGAGCAGCAUAUCUGCCACUGGGAUUUCUGGUAGCCAGAGCAAGAGCACGGAUAGCACUGUAAUUGAUAAAGUAUUAAUUGUCAGCUGUAAAGCAAUUUAGAAGGAGAUUUUUGCAUGAUGUACAAAUGAAGGGAAUUAGGCAUAGCUGAGAUUAUUGUUAAUGAGGUGUGAGAUUGCUCAGAUAUUUGCUCACUAGCUGGUAAUGACUUAGGUGACAAGACUUAAGAUCAAGCCUACAGUUCACAGCUGUGUUUUUACAUGAAAUGGUCCGUUUACUUAAAGAUGACAAUUUCUUGUCAUAUUGUUAUUACAAAAUGUGAAGUUUUUUAUAGUAAUAAAAUGUAACAUGGUCAUGA